GCCAGGGGGAGCCCCAGCUGGCACUGGCCCAGAGGAGGCUGGAUGGCUGGAUGCUGAAGGGAUCCUGGGGCCGGGGCGCGGGGCAUUCCUAGAGGAUCCGGGCCAGAGCAAAGAGGGGCAGACAGGGAAAGCCUUCCAGGAAGAGAGCUCAGGAGGGGGCUCCAGGGCAGCACCGCCAUGAACCUGUUCCGAAUCCUGGGGGACGUCUCCCACUUACUGGCCAUGAUCCUCCUCCUGGGCAAAAUCUGGAGGUCCAAGUCGUGCAGAGGAAUCUCAGGAAAGAGCCAGGUCCUGUUUGCCCUCGUCUUCACCACUCGAUACCUAGAUCUAUUCACCAACUUCAUCUCUCUCUACAACACAGUGAUGAAGGUGAUUUUCCUGCUCUGCUCCUACGUCACCGUAUACAUGAUUUAUUGGAAAUUUUGGAAAUCAUUUGACAGUGAGAAUGACACGUUUCGCCUAGAGUUUCUCUUGGUCCCGGUCACUGGUCUCUCCUUCCUUGAGAACUAUAGUUUCACCCCCCUGGAGAUCCUCUGGACCUUCUCUAUCUACCUGGAGUCCGUGGCAAUCCUGCCCCAGCUCUUCAUGAUCAGCAGGACUGGGGAGGCAGAAACCAUUACCACUCACUACCUUUUCUUUCUGGGGCUCUAUCGAGCUCUUUAUCUGGCCAAUUGGAUCUGGCGGUACCACACAGAAAAUUUCUAUGACCAAAUCGCGGUGGUGUCUGGGGUGGUACAAACCAUCUUCUACUGUGACUUCUUCUACCUGUAUGUGACCAAAGUCCUUAAAGGAAAGAAGUUAAGUCUCCCAAUGCCUGUUUGAAGACCCAACCAAGAAACUACACAAGUUUCCUGACUACCAGCUCCAGAAGUCAUUCACUGUGGUGCUACUUUCAUAACAAGUGGACUUUGCCAAAGGGACAUCCUAUCAUCUUCCCUCCAUUCACAUCUAGUAUUCUACAAAUGAAGGGUGGGACAACCCCUGGGGCUAAAAUGUGCACUCCUUUAAGAGGCAUCCCUCAAAUUGGGUUGUCAUUGUUUUCUAAGAUUGUAUUCUCUCCUAACCUGGAAAAGUCACCCCUAAUCAAGUAGGUCCUAACCUCCUCGGGGAAAAUGUCCCAAAAGAGGUUACACUCGUCUUACUAUAUAUUAAAAUAACCACAUACACAGAGAUCUUGUCAAAUUGGAAGUAAAAUGUGAAAAUGGUGACCUAGAAUUGUUAGUUAUUUCUCUUUCUACUCCUUUACAUACAUCUUAAGGGGAAAAUGUGCUGUAUCUCCCUAAGCCUUUUAAUAUUAUUCCUAUGCUUUCUCUUUCCACAGUUCUAGGAUAAUGACCAAGAUUACAGAUAGAAAUGAAAACCAUUUUUACCUAAUUCACUGGACUUCUGCUAGGAGAAUGUUUGGUAAUAAAAAAAAGUGGUGCUUUUC